AGACGGAAGAAGAACCAGUAGCGACCAUGGCAUCCCAAACACUCCUGGGCGUCCUGACGGUGGCGAUGAUGGGGGCUGUCUCCCAAGCAGCGCCUCCGCACCUCAACGGCUCGCUCCCCUUCGUCAUCGAGCCUCGCGUCAACUUCGACGACACGUGUAGGUGUGGACAGAAGGCCGCCUCCAGGAUCGUGGGCGGGGUGACCACGGGCGUGAACGAGUGGCCGUGGCAAGCGGCGCUCAUGUACGGCUCGCAGCAGUUCUGCGGCGGAUCCCUCAUCAACGACCGAUACGUCCUCACCGCCGCCCAUUGCACCGAAAGCAUGAGAGCGUCUGACCUGACCAUCCGUCUGGCCGAACACAGGCUGAGCACUUCCUCAGAGACCAGUGUUGUGAGCAGGUCCGUGUCUCAGAUCAUCGAGCAUCCGGACUAUCAGCCGGGUAACGAGAUUAACGACAUCGCUCUCAUCAAACUGUCGUCGCCAGUCCAGGUGAGCGACACAGUGUUGCCAGUGUGCAUGCCGCCACCCAACCCCACAUACGCCGGCAAGACAGCCACUGUCACAGGUUGGGGAACCACCAGCUCCGGAGGCUCGUCUUCAGACACACUCAGGGAAGUGGACGUCACGGUGGUGGCCAACACCGCGUGUCAGUCCAACAGUUACGGAAGCGCCAUUAAGGACACCAUGUUGUGCGCCGGAAGCACAGGCAAGGACUCGUGCCAGGGAGACUCCGGCGGCCCUCUGGUGUUCAAGGACGGAGGCGGAAACUACGACCAGAUCGGCGUGGUGAGCUGGGGCUAUGGGUGCGGAGCCCGAGGCUACCCCGGCGUGUACACCCGCGUCAACAGCUACCUCGACUGGAUCAAAGCCAACACAGGAGAUGGUGUUUACUGCAGAGGAAUGCGUCUGUAGUCUUGCCACUUCUACUCUGCCACGACCGCCAGUCCGGGUCGUGAGGAAGAAAGCGAACCGUCGAUAACACCACCAUCGAACAUGAAUUAAAGCCAAAUCAUGCACUAGACUCUGACAUAAGACAAUAAAGAAUUUUCA